CCUCCAUAGGUUCCCUUCGUUUCUGUGUAAAGGGCAUGAAUGAUGAACAAAGGCGGUGGUUCCGGUGGAGGAAGCGGACCAACAGCUGCUGCGGCAGCCGCUGCGUUACAGAAGCAAAAGGCGUUGUUGCAGAGAGUUGAUACUGACAUCACAUCUGUCGUCGAUAACUUCAAUCAAAUCGUCAAUGUCGCAAGGGUGAGUGAUCCGCCAAUGAAGAACUCUCAGGAAGCAUACAUGAUGGAGAUGCGAGCAUCAAGAUUGGUUCAAGCAGCUGAUUCUCUUUUGAAACUUGUAUCAGAGCUGAAGCAAACCGCGAUUUUUUCAGGAUUUGCAUCAUUAAACGAUCAUGUAGAACAAAGAAUUGCAGAGUUUGAUCAAGAGGCCGAGAAGACGAAUCGAUUGUUGGCUAGAAUUGCUGAUGAUGCAUCUGCUAGUCUUAAAGAGCUUGAGUCUCACUAUUACUCUUCUGCUCAGAGAUCGACUCUAGACUAAAUCCAAGAAUCUAGCAUUUGUAGGUUUUUCUUCUAAUUCCUAUAGCCAAAUAUUUUAGGCUACUUUGUCUGUGAACAAAAUUUGAUAUGAAUGAGCAUUUAAUUUUGAAGCUACUUUUAAUCCAAAACCUUUACUUCCUUCCACCAUCCCCACUUUCUUUGGAUUUCAUAAAAAAAUACUUGUCUCCAGUCAUUGUUACCUUAUUUUUCACCUUAAUUCUUAAUUCCAAGAUUUCUCUUUUGUUCCCAAAAAAACAAUGUACG